AUGAAGGAAAACAGUGUGCCCCGGAUUCUUGUGAUAAUUCUGUGCACCCUGGUUUUUGUGGUUUUGUUAAUCAUCAAUGCUCUGGCUGGAGCCGGCAAAGGUAAGUUCGAAGAACGUUACACAAUUUUAUGAUCCCCUGUUAGAGCUAACGUCAAUGUAGGGUAAACCCUCAGAUAGUCUGCCUUUUUGUGUGUGUGUUUUUUAACAACGAACUCUGUUUUUUGUACGAUUGGUUUCAUAUUCGUGAUUUUUUUUCUCACCAAACUCAACAGCUGUGUUUUCGGUGCUUAUGAAACAACACUACUGGGAGACUCCCAGUUCACGAAGCGCUGCAUUGAACGCAUCAACUCGUUGCGCUGUUUCCCAAAACAGUGAAGUAGUUUUCCCAUCACGCUGGACGUGUAGUUAUCAGGAGGAAUGAGGAACCAUAUACACUGGUUGCAUAAAUCAACAGAAAAACAAAAAUCAUCGCGGAAAAGUAGAUUCACCCAGUAGAGAAAGGGCUUUGAAGAUAAUGAGAGGAUCGAAAUGAUGUACAUAGUUAAAAGGAAGGUUAAAUGUAGAAAAAUAAGUUGUAAUAUCUGUUCUCUGUCCUUCUUGGUUUCAAUUCUUGUAUGUUGGCUGCUUUCAAUACAUCAAAAUAUUUAAACGACAGCAGGGUCCUAUUAAAAACUAUCAUGCAUGUCUUUCUAAAUAACUACUUUCAGAUAAAGACACAAAGAGAGAGAGAGAGUCAGAUGACGUAAAGAACAGUCAAAGGAAGAGGUAAUCCUUAAUUUUUGGGUGUGGCAUAAACAUCCAACUUUAUGUCUCCCAGAAUGAUGAGAAACUUUCCUUUCUGGGAGUCUGCGGUGAUGAGUCACAUUUAAAGUCACAUUACUUGUUCCCUUUUAUGUGCAGAUCCAUUUUUAUAAAGACUCCACUGUUAUGCCACGCACUUAAAAGACUAGAAUGGAUGAUUUUCAACAUCUUUCCUAUACCAAUGCUCUUUCUCAUUUGUUGUAUUUAUUCACCCAAAAUAUAUAUGGAUGCGGAUUUAAAGUAUUCUCCAUGAUCUGUCCGUGAAAAUGUUAACAAUCACUAAUUGAUUACUCAUUAGAAAAGGAUGGAAAAUUUAAUUUGACAACAAAGUACUAUAUACUUUUCACCCCAAUCAUAGAUUUUCUUCAUUAUUAAUGAAACUGAUUAUUGCAUUGCUACUGUACAUUAGAUGUGUAAUUGUUAAAUAGUAACAUGCAGAUGACAUACAAAACAAUAAUCUUUGCAGGCAUAUAACCAUAAUUAUUGACACCUAAACUACCAAACGUGGAAUCGUUGCAACAAGAGAACAGAAAAGUAUUUUUUCCAUUGCUCCAGAGGCACUGAUGUUGCUGGUACGCCAGCAAUAUUGGUGCAACACAACCAGUCUGUUGUUUUUGUAUCUAAAGGUGCUAUGAUUCCUCAUAGAAAGUUCUCAACCUUCAUGACUUUGUUAAGUGGCAGUGUUGCCUACUUUUACCCCUGAAACAGAACUUGGCGAACAGCUGUAUUUCCACCGUGCGCAACAUCUUGACCCAGUGGGUUCACACUACGGCUGGGCGAUAUGGACCUAAAGUCAUAUCCCAAUUUAUUUAGGCUGAAUAUCAAUAUACAAUAUAUUUUCUGGUAUUGUUAUCGCAAAGUGAGAGCAAAUGUUUAGUCACAGUCAAAGCCAAAUAUGGCAUGUCACAAGUAGUUCUAUUUAAACUGGCCGGAUGAAAUUAUGCUCAACUGUUCAAAGAACAAUAAAAUGUAAACAUAAAUACUGUAUAACCACAGGAGCACCUUUUUUUAAUUGGAGCUCCAUAAGAUGCACAUUUAAAUGAAAAAUAUAUCUGAAAUAAAAAUAGCCCAUAAAGUAAAAUAGGCCAAUCUUUUUCUGGAAAAAAAUUAUUUAUAUAAGAAAAGCAUCAACAUUUUGACAACUACAAAUGGCCUAUUAAAAUCAAAAAUAGCAGAUAUUCUUCUUCUAACUAGUCUCUCAGAUGCAAACAAUGACCACUACAAAAUAAUUAAAUAUGACAAACCCUAGUAAGGGCAGCAUUUACAUAUAUAAAGACAGAACCAAAUAAAGUGCUCAGUUUAAGAAAAUUGUUUUUAAACAUAAUUUUGAGAUAACCUUAUCUUAUCUUUCUUAUCUUCUUAACGGUCUCAACCAGUUGCACAAGACUAUGACAGAUUAUGAACUCAGUAAACACAUCCCCCUCUUUCUUUUUUACUUUGAGAAACACUUAGUGCUGUCUUGAGGUAGACAUUAGAGGACAGACAAGUGAGUCCUUCUUUGUUUAACCCAUGAAGACCUGAACCCUGUCUGAGACUCUGAAAUCCUGAGGGCCAUUUUGAGAAGGGCCCCCAGAUCCUGAGGUUUUCUGAAGUGUUGAGGUUUACAAAAAGCUGAUAUCUCAGCCUCUGUAGCAGAUAGAAACAAAAUUCAAAAAGUAUUUGAGAACUUACACACGUGGCUUUCAAGAUAACUAUCUUUUAUUUUUCUGAACCUUCAUCACACUAUUGAAAACCUUGAACAAACAAACUCGAAUGAAGUAAAGCGGCUGUAUAAAUAAAAGUAAAGGCUCUGCACUGGAGAAUAACAAACUAUUUUUAAUAGUUAAAUUCGUAUUGAAUGGACUUUUUAUCAAGACUGCCACUUGUUUUACAGAAAGAAAAAGUGUUGAAAGAGUAUACAGCUGCCCUAGUAUCGUGCCAGUACAAGACCAGCACUAAUAAUUGAAAAAUGAAUAAGUGGCUGACAGUGUGUUCAUCUCUGUGCUCACCCAAAGUCAUGCAACACUCACAGAAAACACAGAUAGUGUUAACCAAAGACCCCAAUAUGAAGAGGUUGUUCACACUGCUGGACACUUCUCCUCCGAAGCUGCUCUCUGCCUCCGUCAGUGUUUACUUUCCUCAUGAAGCACGCGGCAAGAUCCGAGCAUGAAUCCAAGCGCUUUAUUAGCCUAUCAGAGGCAAAACUACAGAAUGUUACAAAAUGACGUAUCCACGCUCCCGGCUUGAAGGAUAGAAAUGCGCAGCGGAAGGUUGGAAGGUUGAAAUAGGUACACGCUUCCCCUGGCUUGAAGGGUAGAAAUAUGUACAUGUACCUGGCUUUCCGAGUAGAAAUGAGCAGCCGCGCUCUCGGCUUGGAAGGUUGAAUUGUGUACAUGCUGUCCUGGUUUAAAUGGGUUAAAGAUUUUGUGCAAGAAACACCAGCCUGUCAACAACAGCAUCUGAUAUCCGUAUAUCAAUAUAUGCGAUAUGGUACCAAUUCCAUAUCUUAUUUAAAAAUAUAUUGAUAUAUAUUUUUAUACCUAUAUAUCGCCCAGCCCUAGUUCACACUGAAACACUUUAAAAUAUUACCCUGAUUGCUGAAAGUAAUAUGAGACAUGCUGUUUAUCUCUGCCUGGGAGAAAAUAAGUUGAAGAUAAGUGUCUGUGAAGUUUUGCAUUUUCAGUCAGUCCAAUCCCUUACCAUGUUUCAUGUAGUCUCUUUUUAUGAACCAAUUUUUUCUUGUCGGGUUUUCUGUUGUAGCUUACAGAUUUGUUUUCAUGUUGUCAUCACCUAGCUCCACUUCUGUCAUCUCUCUCUGCCCAUCUUUGAGUGAAAUUAAUAUUUCCUUCUAUUAAAGAAAAAUUAAAGCCAACAGUGGACAGUUUCCACCCAAGCCUGAAGCAGCAGUUGUUACUUUUCCUCUUUCCUGUUUCAACAAUGCCCGGUGCCCACAGCCAGCUCCCAGUUUAGUUUAAAAGAAGUUGCUAGGCGUCCAUAAAUCCAUGACAGCAACCCCACCCAGAACUUUUAGUCUAAAAGAGGAAGGCAGACUGUGUUCACCAAAUAUCACUUUGUUGUGUUUCCAGGUCCCUUCCACACCACAACAGGAAAUGUAUCAGCUCGCUUUGAGACCAAUAUCACUCCUGCCGGCUGGACCUUCUCCAUCUGGGGUGUUAUUUACACCUGGCUCACCUUGAUGGUCUUAUACCUAACUUCAUAUGUAUUCCGGGGGUAAGCCAACAUUAAACUUAUCCUACUGGACAAUAACUCAUGCAGACAGACCCUUUCUGAUAGUACUCAACAUCAUGACACUGAUAUCUGUCUCUGUUUUAUUAGAUCCUGGGCUCAGAAUCUGCUGCCAUACGCCUUCUAUUUUUGCUGGCUGUGCAACAUGGUGCUAAACAUGAUAUGGCUGGUGCUGUGGGACAGAGAGUAUGUCUUCAACUUUUAUUCAUUACUUGACUGAACUAUAAAAAAAAGCCAGAGCAAUGAAAACCACAUCAGAGUACUGGGGGGUACAAACAGGGAAAUUGUAUAAAGAGGGUCUUCAAAGCCUCUCAGAUGAAACAUGGCUUCUAGACAGAUGUGCGUAUUCGGCACAGAAGUACCACCAUUGUAAGGAGCAGUAUUGAGAAGCAGUUGUUUCAAACCUGUUUUCACUCUUGUGGAGAAAUUUUUAAAGUGAAAAUGACUGUCAGAUUUUGGAGCCUGAUCUGGUUCCUUAACUAUCAUCACAAGUAUGAAGAUGGUUUUUCAUACAGAAGUGCAUCCUUUCUCCUAAGCCCCACCAACAUGAAAGAAUGAACACCACAGACAACAGCUAAAAUUGUGCAGUAUGAGGAACUUUUUAGGUUAAAAAAGUUGUAUAUCUGUUCUGUUUUGUUUUAUUUAUUGCAUUUAGCUGACAACAGCAGCCAUUUUCCUUUAAUAUCAUAUAUUUAAAGAACUUGAUGAACCAUCAUUAAGAAAUAAGACAAAGCUAAAGAUUACAUAAUUGAAAAAAAUCUUCUCCAAAAGGCUCUUAAAUAUAGCUUUGUGUAAAAAGUUCAACGCCAUCUGGCUUGGGUUAAAUUUAUUGAGAAAUGCUUUUGAAAUAUUCAUUCCUUUGGAGAUUUACAAAGAACUCUUGUCUCUCAAAAUAUUGUUCUAAGUUUCUAAAAAGUUCGUACAUAGUUCAUUCACAAAUUUGAUUGUUUGUGAAUCAUCUCGACCUAACAGUAUAUUUGAUUUAAUUAAAGUUUCAUAUAUAAUAUAUAUUCUCAUUUAAAAAUUCAUGUCAACAGCAUGUUUCAAAACUGUUAGGGUAGUGCAGGUGCACCAUUUUUGUUGUUUCACCUGUUCUUGGAAAGUAAAAUAUCCCAUUCUGGCCUGAUGAAGGAUUUCAGUCCUUUCAUUGUAUUUUACAUAAGCAUAAUCAUAUAUAAGUGUACCAGAUGUUUCCAGUGAGGGAUAAAUAGCCCAUGAUGGGACUCUUCUAUUCAAGAGCUGUGUUCCUGUAGUACUUGCAAAAAAUUGGUUUGGUUUCUGCACAACACGUGGUUCCCCAAAAAGAAUAUCAGUUUUUGAUUUGUUGGAGGACAGUUUUCCUCUUCCCCUUAGUCCAUCUUAAAUGGAUUCGGUCCAAAGAAGUCUCUGGUUUUUUUGGGUCAUGUUUAUAUCUGGUUUCCCUUUUGCAUGGCUCAGUUUUAACCUUAUUUGUAGAUCAGUGGCGAUUGCUCUAAGACUGCAAGGGAAGCUCAGCUUCCCUUAAAAUGUCACCCCCCCAAAAAAAGAAAAAGUGGUGAAAUACGUACUGCUGUGUGUACAUUUCAUUAGCUAAAUACGCGCUAGAAAGCCUUCAUCUUUUGUUCAGAAUCAGCUUCUUAUCACACUGUGAUAAGAAGCUGAUUCUGCACAACUUCAUUCUCAUUCAUCCUCGCAGUGCCUCAGCGCUUUAAACAGCCGGACGCUCGGCUUCUGCUGACUUCAAUGUGGAAGCUCAAAGUGGGUUGUUCCAGCAGCGAAACUAGACGCUUAUUGGAUAAAUGCUGGGCUUUGUCCCGCCCAUCGGACGCUCAGCUUCUCUGGAGUCCUAUGGCGAGAGGGCGGUCCCAACUUUCUCCCGGACUCCGAGCUUCUGCAUCCAUGAUUGGAUGAGCUGUCUGAGGCGAAAUCCUUUUUUGAUUGACAGCUAAACAAGCGAAUCAGCGAUCUUGAAGAAUAAAACAUCUACCAGAGCAUUUUCCAAGUUAUUCAUUCCGUUGUUCUUAACUGCUCCAGAGACUUUACCGAUCCUCAGCGACUUUUGUCUUUGUUAAAAACGACUGCCGUUGUGUUUGGCGACUCUAUUCUGUUACAUACAAAUAAACACAAUUAUGAUGUAGGCCAGAAAAAUGAGCUUCCCCUCCUUGAAAGACCAGCAGCCGCCACUGUUGUAGAUGCAGUGAUCGAUUUUGAGCUCAUGCAGUGGAUUCCGCUACAGAGUCCUGUUUGUUUUUUAGGUAGCACUGCCUGAAGAUCUGAAGAUCAGGACCAUCCAGUCUUGGUUUUGGUCCUUGUCCCUUUCGUACAGAGAUUUCUCCAGAUUGUCUGAAUCUUUUAAUGAUAUGAUGUUCUGUAGAUGAUGAAAUCCACUCAUACUUUCACAUUUGACACUCAGGAACAUUAUUCUCUAACUGUUGAUCUAUGAGCUCACACAGUCUCUUACAGUGUGGUAAACCUCUGAGAGAUUCAGCCCCUCUGAAUGUCCUUUUUACACCCAAGUCAUUUUACUAAUGAAGCUUAUUAGUUUGGAAAUGUUCCUCUAGCUGUUUUUGUACCAUUACGUAACUUUCUCUGUUUUUUUUUUUUUGUUUGUUUUUUUUUUAGUUUCUGUCCCAACUUUUUUGAAACAUGCUGUCGGCACAAAAUUUAAAAUCAGCAUAUAUUUUUCAUGAAACAGUUUUUUCUUUUUAAUUCAAUAUUUGACAUGUUUCCUCCACACAAUUAUUUAUAAAGCAAAGACUUUCAAGGAUAAAAAUAAAACAAAAAACAGAUCUGGGGUUUAAUAGAAUUUUUAGAAAACCAAGGUCUGCUGUAUUAACUGUUAAUAACUGAACCAGAUGUUUAGAUGUCAGAAUAUGUGCUAGAAAGGAUCAGUUAACACAGAAAUGAUCAUCAUUGUGAUCCCUCUCCUCUUUUUGUGUUUCAGGGCGAUGCUGGCAGCUUUUGUUGUUUUAAUCAUGAUUGUCAUUUCCAACCACUGUGCUCUGUUCUUCUGCUGCUUCGCCACCGAUUACUACGGACUCUGGUUACAGUCAUACCACCGCAAAGACUUGUUCUGUCUCAGAGCACUGGUAUGCCACAAACUGAAUGUGUUUAAGUGUUUGAGCAAGUGUUAGGUUGACGCUGUCUAAUAAUCUGUUUCUGCCUAUGUGUGGUGCUAAAUGUCUAUAUGCUGAAGAAUUACUUAGAAAUAGCUGCACUGUGAGUAUGGUGUGCCCAUAACAGAAUAAGGCUGGGAUCUGAAAAGGCAUUAUUUAGGCUGUGCAGCAUUAGAGGGAGGACAAGUCUGUGCAGAAAAAAAGGCACACUGGUGCAAGUAAGAGUCAAAAGUUUCUCUUUUAAUAAGUCUGGUUUGAUGUCUGAUGAGUAUCAGGAGGAAAGCAAAGACAAACACUGGUGACACUGCUUUUCCAGAGCUGAAGGUGACUUUGAAAAGCACAUAAUGCUUAAAUGAUUGAUAAUUAACUAUUUUUAAAUUUUCAGUACAACACUACAGAGAAAAAGGAAAAAGUCCAAAUGUUUUCUGGUCCAUUGCGACUGUGUUUUUCAGGAGACCAUAUGACCUUGUAAAAAUAGGACACAAUGCAAUUCAAGUUAAAACAGUGAGCUACAUGGAGGUGCACAAGCUGCAGUGUUAGGAUUAACAGAAGGUCAAACUCAUAAUCCGGUUUAAAAAAAAGGAGGGCUCAUCCCUGUGUUUUUAAAUUUUCACUCAUUCAGGUCCAGAACGGUCUUGCGCUCUAUAACACUUGGACAUCCAUCGCCUCCCUGAUCAACUUCUCUUUGGUGCUCCAGCUGUGGGGUGUGGACAAGAGCACAGCAGCAACAGCCUCUCUGUGUAUCCUGUUUGGAGAGGUGAUGGCAUGGUAAGCUCUAAUUGGACAAGUACAAAUGAUGACUGAUUCUCUCACGUGUUAUAAAAGAAUUCACUUUGACUAUAGACUCCAUGUCUGUUAAUGCAUCAGUUAUAUAAAACAUGGGUGUAACCAACAACACCUGUUGGUCUGUGGAUACCUGUUUGAAGCAUUCAAAUCUGUGCUUUGGCCAUUUCAACUUGAUGUGGCUUCUUUGUUGAAGGCAGAAGUGACCAUACUUUGAGGGAAGCGAGGUAACAGCAAACACUAGAGAUUUAAUGUUGGUUAUUAUGAGCCUAUUAUUAUUUUCUUCAUCAGUGCAAGAGCAGCCCAACAGCUUGACAACAACAUAGUGAUAACAUGAUUACCAUCAAUGUUUUGACUUAUUCCUGCUGCUGGUUUCUGUGUGUAGGUUCAUUCUGGAGAACUGGGUGCUGGACCGCUGGGUGCGUUACAUCCUGACAGUCUACCCUGUGGUGAUUGUGGCUCUGGUUGGAAACAUCCUGAAACAUUUUAACCCGGAUGAUCCAACUCCAAACUCUAUUUUCAUGGGUAAGUUUGACAUAACCAGUCGUGCUAUCUUUGUUUGAGCUUCAGUAAUCAACUAAGUGACUGUGACUAGUAUUACAUCAAAGAUUAAGAUUAAAAAAUCUCACUAGAACUCUGAAAUUACCACUGUAAUCCAUCACCAAUAUUUGUAGUUUUUUUACUUUUUGUGAUGUCAUUGCCAAGAGAAGUUUGAUAAGUUUCACUUCCCAAAAAUUCUUCAAAAAUGUGGAAGGCAUAAACCUGACAUGAUUGUUGAUAAAGUUGUAAAAUUGCAUUAAUAAUUAAAAAAAAGAAAAGAUUUUAGUCUCCUCAGAUUAAUUUGAGAUUACAAACUUGGCCAAAAAUAACCGUAGUGAGGAUUUUCAGUUUCUAAGAUUAGCUCAUUUCUACGAGCAGGUUACAAAGAUGUUCUAAAAUAACAAUAAUCUUAUACAUAUAUAUUUAUUUUUUUAGGUGACCAAAAACACUUUUCAAGUCAGGGUUACCAAGUGCUGAACGAAAAGAAAAAAGAAAGUGAGAACACACAAUAACUAAAGAUUUAGAAGUUAAAAAUAAAACAGUGAUGAUUUAGCAACUUUAAGAGGUAUAGAAGAUAGAAGAAAAGACAAAAGAGAUAAAUAAAUGACAGAAACUGGAGUGUAAAUAGUUUCAUCUGCACUUGAAAAACUGGCAUUUUCCUUAAAGCAUUACUGAAAUCUUUAAGUGAUAUGUUGCCAAUUUUUUAUCUCUUUUAUUUCACUUUUCAUACCAGUCAUAGCAUGGUGACAAAAAAAUGAACCCAUGACUGAAGCUUCAACUUUCUCUGGGGAAAGAAAAAGACAAUUAUUAUUCUUACUUCCGAUCUAUUUAAGGGGGAUUGUACACACAACUGAACAGCAGUCGGUUUGCUGCCUCCUGGAUUUUUACUACCUCAUCUAGACAAUACGCAUAACAUGACAUGAAGGCUCCCAAUGAAUGUACACAAGAAAAGGCAGCCACCUCAGCUUCUGUUGUAGAGAGAAUGAAGGAUUUAUAUAACACAGCUGAUCAAAUGUGUUUGUAUUGGAAGACUUCAUGAAUCUUUUUUUUGCUUGUAAGAAGAAAGUUCUCUUCUUUCUCUUGAAAAAAAGAGGCCAGCAUCAAAGAUACUGACAAAAAUCUGAUCAUUAUUGUUCUUCUAAAUUUCAACAUUUCUUUUUAAAUCCAUAAAAUGACUUUCUUUUCUAAACUUAGAUCAUUUUACUGACUGUUUGAUUUUUCUCUCCUGCUCCUGCUCAGUUGUUCUGCUGGUGUUGGCAUGUGUCCUGCUGAUUUUCCGAGUGUGCUCUGUCAUCUGGAGGAACUACUGGCGGCCUGUCCUCUCCCCCGGCUCUGCCCGGCUGAUGGUUUCACCUCUCGACAGCAGAAAAUUCAGGAUGUUCUAUUAA